AUGCCAAUGGGAAACAGGACAUUGGUGACCGAAUUCGUGCUCACAGGACUGACCGACCUCCCAGAGCUGCAGCUCAUACUCUUCAUGAUGUUCUUUGCUGUUUACAUCUUCACCCUGGUGGGGAAUCUGGGCGUGAUUGCCUUAAUCAACGCCAGCCCUCAGCUCCACACCCCGAUGUACUUCUUCCUUAGCAACUUGUCUUUCUUGGACAUCUGUUAUUCCUCAUCCGUCACCCCAAAGUUCCUCACUGAUCUCUUCCACAAGAAGAAGGUAAUUUCUUUUGCUCAUUGUUUCACUCAGUUUUAUUUUUACGCCAUGUUUGCCACCACGGAGUGCUACCUUCUGGCCGUGAUGGCCUAUGACCGCUACGCAGCUAUCUGCAACCCUCUGGUGUACUUCGCCAACAUGUCGGAAAGAAAGCGUGUGCAGCUGAUAGCAGUUUCCUAUGGUGCUGGGAUUGUCAAUGCCUUGGUGCACACAGUUGCAGCCUCUAGGCUACACUUCUGUGGUCCAAAUGUCAUUAGGAAUUUUUACUGUGAAGUUCCUCCUAUAUUGGAACUGGCCUGCUCAGACAUCCAUCUCAAUGAUACGUUGAUCUUCAUAUUUGUUGGGUUCAAUGUGAUAUCAACCAGCCUGACCAUUCUCACCUCCUACAGCUACAUCCUGGUCACGGUUUUAAAGUUCCGCUGUGCCAAGAGCCGCCAGAAAGCCCUCUCCACUUGCGUGUCCCACCUCGUGGUCGUCUCCAUUUUUUAUGGGUGUGGUAGCUUCAUAUACGCACGGCCCAGCAAUAGACAGAAUCAGGCCCAAGACAAAGUGGCCUCGGUGUUCUAUGUAAUGGUGACUCCCAUGCUGAAUCCCUUGAUCUACAGCCUACGGAACCAGGAAGUCAGGAAGGCCUUAAGAAAAAUUAUGGAUAGGAAAGCUGCUUUCUUUUUUAAAAACUGA